AUGAUAUACUCGUCGCCAUCUCUUCCUCUCUUGCCGUCCAACCAACCGCCGCUCCUGCCGCUCCCACCCAUCGCCACCAAGUACGCCACUUUCCCCGGCCUACCAGCAGCUCCACCCCCACCACCGCCGGCGCCACGCGCCGCCGGCAGGGCAGCAGCGGCAACCACCACAGUUUCAGCAGCAGCAGCACCAGCCCCUGCGCCGCCGCGCCAGAGGGACAGGAGGAGGAGGCCGGCAAGGCCGCCGCCGCCGACGAUGGAGAGGUCCGCACCGCAGAAGAAGAAGCCGCUGGAGCGGGCGACGCCUCUGCCGCCCGCGCCAGUGGUGACGGAGGCACUGGACGACCUCGAGCAGGAGGUGGCCAGGAACUUCGUUCAGGACCUGCUGCACGUGCUGGCGCCGCCGCCAAGCAGCCUGCCGCUGCCCAGCUUCUCCCUCGUCGUGAAAGCGUCCCCUGCCAGGGACACCAGAUUGGUGGCGCCGGCCGCGCCGUUCAGCAACGUGGAGGCCGCCACCGCCGACGGCAUCCGCGGCCUCCUCCGUCUGUAG